CGGCCCUCAGGUUCGUGGCUGCAGCAAGGUCCUACAGCGGCUCGGUUCAGUCGAAUACGGACCGCCGCGCGGCACUUGACGUGACGCUACCACUGCUCCCGCACGCUACAAAAAAAGAUAAAAAAUGUCCAUCUCCGAAUUCAGGCGGAAGAAACUUCUCUACGUUUUUAAUGUCUUCUUCGAUGUCAACCAGAGUGGCACGAUAGAAAGGAAAGACUUCGAGUUGGCUAUAGAGAAAAUCUGCAGCCUCCGAGGAUGGAAGCCCGGAGACCCGAAGCACACGGAGACGCACGAAACGAUGAUCAAGAUCUGGGACGGGCUCAGAAAGAGAGCUGACUCCAACAGGGAUGGACAGGUGUCCGUUGAAGAGUGGGUAUCCAUGUGGAACGACUACGCCCAGAACCCGGCCUCGGCCCUCCAAUGGCAGCAGCUGUACAGCCAGUUCAUGUUCCAGCUGGAGGACGCCAGCGCAGACGGGUCCAUAGACUGUGACGAGUUCACUACGGUCUGCUCGUCCUAUGGGAUUGACCCUCAAGAGUGCAAGGUGGCCUUCAGUAAGAUGGCUAAGGGCAAGCCCAACGUCUUCUGGGAGGAGUUCCAAGAGCUGUGGAAAGAGUACUUCUCCACCGAGGACCCGACCGCCCCCGGCAACUUCAUCUUCGGGAGGACCAGCUUCUAAGCUCCGCCGCCCGCGGCACGCCCGUCUGAAACAUUCCACAGGAGCUCGUGCACGUUCGCGGUUAACGCCUAUCUUCAUUUAUACUGCGCGUUUUUAUAUGCAUCCGCAGGAGAAUCUCAAAUAUAGCGGUCUGUGUACACCUUCAUAUUAAACCCCGCGAAAAACGACUACGAAUCGGCUGUCCAAUUGUCGUCGCUUCGAUAUUUAACCAUUAACGCGUACGAGCUCUAGCGUGACACUUGAAAACUGUCCAAACUGCUGCGUCACACCAAACCAGCGGUUUAACAGCUGCGUUUCACCCGUUACAGUGUCACUUGUCUUAUAUAAAAUACAGUUAAAUGUGUCUGUGUUCAAAGCAUAGAAUAAUUCCUGAUCUUUCUCUCUUAGUGGAUCAAUGCGUGAUUUCGAAACUAUGAGUAGUCUUGAAUUUUAAAAAUGCUCAAAACUUUAAGCAUUUUAAUAGUCAUUUUCAAAUCCUUAGGAUUUAUCUUAUGACAACGAAAGGAUUCACCUAUCUCAUAUAGCAUAUCUUGUAGUUCAUAUCUAAAACUAAUUCUAACACCUACUGUUAUGCAAUAUGUUACCCGAAUUAUGGAUAUUGAAAAGCUUUGAAUAGUUACUUUGAACUUUAAUCUGCUUCGUAUCUCCAUUAAUCGAUAUAAGAAACUUUUUAAACUAUGUAAAGUCAAAUACUUAUAGUGUUUUAUUCUAUUUGUCAUACGAAUGAAUAAAGGGUGAUUUCAAUCUAUGAAUGUACCAGAGAAAAUAUUUAUUAAAUGGUUAUUGUAUUUAUAAAUUCAAUUUAUGGUAGUGGUGAGUGUGAGAAUGUUGCAAGUACACGUAUAUUAAAUUAUUCAGUGAUUAUAAAAAUCGCGCGUUCCAAACGCCCGUCUGUUUUCUUCACACUGUUCUAGUCAUGAAUGUUAUAUUUAUAAACCAAAUUCUAUUUAUAUUAUGUUGUUGAAUGAGCAAUUUUAUCAUAGAUAUGAGUUUGUAUUACUCUAAAUACCCCGACAUGUCCUGAGUCGCCAAGCAUAGAGAUUCGAAUAAAUGUAUGUAUUUAAUAA